CGUUGGAAGAGGCUGGUCCUGCGAUGCCUUUGAAUAUUUCACUUUUCGGCAGUUUCCCAUCAGUCAGCCGCCCGCAUCCAGGCUGAGCGGGAGCUGCUACAGCCAUGGGGAGACCCGAGCUGUAGGAGAUACCCGAAAUUCCAGCUCUGAGGGCGCAGCUGCUGGGCGCACACCUCGCCGCUCUCACGCACAUCCCCUCCCGGCUCCAGGCGCAACGCACGCAGCUCCCCAUGGAGAAAGUCCAGGGAGAAAUGGAGAUCGAGAGGUGGGAGCGAAGUGAGGAGAUCUCCGACGCGGAGAAGAAGGUUAUUCAGGAGACAUGGAGCAGAGUGUACGCCAACUGCGAGGACGUCGGAGUCUCCAUACUCAUCAGGUUUUUUGUCAACUUCCCAUCGGCCAAACAAUACUUCAGCCAGUUCAAGCACAUGGACGACACGCUGGAGAUGGAGAGGAGCUUGCAGCUGCGGAAGCACGCCCAGCGGGUCAUGGGUGCCAUCAACUCUGUGGUGGAGAACCUCAAUGACCCAGAGAAGGUCUCCUCUGUUCUGGCCCUGGUGGGCAAAGCCCAUGCCCUCAAGCACAAAGUGGAGCCCGUCUACUUUAAGAAGCUCACCGGCGUCAUGCUGGAGGUGAUCGCCGAGGCGUACGGCAACGAUUUCACCCCGGAGGCGCACGGCGCAUGGACCAAGAUGAGGACCCUCAUCUACACCCACGUGACGGCCGCGUACAAAGAGGCAGGCUGGGUGUCCUACCCCAGUGCCACGCUGUGAGCGGACCGCGGGGACGGGCGAGGGGCAGGGAGGGAUGCGAUGCGCCAGGAAUCCGCCCUGCUCUGUUCUCGAGGUCUUCGCUCCGCGCGGGGCCGGCCAGUGCUGGUAGAUGCCAAUCACAAUUGGAUCUCUAUAAGGUUUUCAAAAAAUAUAUCAGUAAGCAAGCCAAAAACUAAGAACCACGGGGGUGUGGGUGGGUCGGGGUGAAGCACGGGAUGUGGGCAAAGGGUGCGUUGGUUGUUGGCUCCAUCUCGCUGUCCUGGUCCAUGAUCACCUCCCAAAGCCCAUGCCUUGCCACGCAGCGGUGUGCGGCACUGCUCACCCUUCUGCUUUCCAUGCCUCGCCCCCAGGACAGCCCAGCUUCUUGCUUUUGGGCUGCGAUGCUUAUCAGGACCGCCGCACUUUGCUUUGCCCGCGCUGCUCAUCCUCGCAGGGCAGCCAGCCCAGAGGCUGCAGCACCCAUUGCUUGCUUCAUCCGCAGCUCUCGUGGCUAUUUGUUGCAACCCAUCCUGGGGCUGGAGGGAGCAAGGGGACAGAAGUGCCACUCGUCCCCACUGCAGGAAGGCGGGGUGUCCCUGGGUGCCCUGCGCAGCGCUGGGUCCCUGCACCAGGGACAUACAUGAGGAUGGGCUCGGGUGACACACGUUGUGCCUUGGCCACUGUUUGUCUGUCAGGUGGGGAUGUGGGACCAGGGCCCCUUGCCUGGAGAAAAGGAAUUCAGGAAUUGGGAUAGGGAAAGAUGAAGGGUCCAUCACAGGAAGGAUGGGGUGUGGAGGGAGGUCCCAGCUCUGUUGACGCUGACACUGCUUUAUGUAGGGAGUGUUCCUGCCCUCUGGGUCAGACUGGGCUCCUGCAAACAAAGUGCCUGGUAGAAGUCGGUCCGUGUGGUCACGGACCAGCAGUGCUCCCCCGCCCUGCCUGGGGGCUGCCCCAUGCCCUGUGAGGCUGUGGGGCCGUAUGUCUCAUCCUGCCCCAGUGCUGGGGCUGUGGGUGAGUCUGCAGGGUUUUGCUGCCUCAGUUUCCCUUUUGGCUACAGAGAGUGGAGGGGACAGAGGGGCAGCCCUACCUACUCCCACAUGCAUGUAGGUCAGGCUGGUGGAAGGUUGGGGGUGAUACAUUCCCUAGGAAGCUUUGGCAUCCUUGUCACCCUCUAUUUCCCAAACUAUCUCUGUGAUUUUUAGAGCUUUGAUGGGGACGGUGAUUACGACGAAUACCAUAAUGUCCCUGUGGUGACCUCCCCACUCCAAGCAUCCAGCCAGCAAUUCCUGCUUUGCUCACCCACUGCUUUUUAGACAUCCACAGGGAAUCUUUUGGGUCUUUUUUUCACUGUUUUGGGUGUUUUGCUGCCUAGUUGGUGACACACCAGCCCUCUUCCAUUGGCCACCCCACUGCCAAGCCAGAAGAGGUGGAGGCAGGAGUUGGUCCUGGAUGUGUGUGAUGGACUGGAUGGAAAUAACUGCUCAGGAUAAAGCCAGCGUGUGCAGGGACAGAGGAUUUAGGAAAGGAAGGGGACACAAAGUGACGAGGUGGCCUCAAAGCUGAACCCACCAGCACUGUUUGCAACAGCAUCUCCCAAAGGUCGGCUGUGCUCAUGGUUGCUCAGUGUCACCAUUGGGCUCAUGCAGAUGGGAGAAGCCCAUUGGUUCUGUACUGUCCAUGCUCUGCAGACCUGGGUCUGUUAGAGAUGUUUCAUCUUCAGACAAAGUCCGUGCAUUAACCUUCGAGGUUAAUUUCUUCCAACCGGAUUUUUUUUGUUUGGGGCUGAUUUCUUCUUCCCUUUUUUCCUUUAUUUUUGUCCCCCCAGAACAGCAGUCCCAUGACUGCAUGUGUGCACGCAUGUGUGCGUAGGGCCGGCUGUUUUUCCAGGCAUAUUUUCUAAACCAAAUCCAGAUGUGUCCAGCUGCUGUCCCACCCCCGUCAGCCCCACUGCAAACCACUCAAACAGACACAAACAAAAACAUGUUUAUUUUUAUCAGCUCUGUAGGACGUAAAAUGGAGCAGGGAGGGCGGCUGGGGCAGAGCUUGUGUAGGGAAACGAUGGAGAUGGAGCAAACACCCCCUCCUCGCCGCCCUCGGCAGAGCGAGCAUUGCUUAAAUCAGGAAAAUUGUCAGCUGGGGAGAGAUGAAAAUGAGCAGAAAAAGGGGAAAAAAAUAUCAUUCCGGAGUGACAGAGGGAUGAAAAAUGCUGUGGGAAAGAGAGGAAAGGGAGGGUUGGUCCUGGCUCCGAGUGCAGCUCCCCAGCACACGUGUGUGCACGUGUGUCACAGCUGCUCCAUGUCACAGCCCUUUGGGAAGUGUGACGUUGCACCUCCCACGUGCUCAGAGCUGCUGCCCCACCAGAAGGGCAGGGUUUGGUGCUGUGACCCAGUGCCCCCCUCCAGCAGCAGGAGCAGGACUGGGUGUCCCCAGGGCAGGGUCGGCCCCCAGCAUCUCAUCCUGGCUCACCCAGUGCUCCCAAUCUGCAUCCUUCCCCCCAGCUUUUGGCUGGAUGUGUACCCAAAGGCAAAGGGAUGGGACACGGGGCUGCAUGUGCCUGCUGGGUAUAGGACAGGACAGAGGUCCCAAUCCAUCCCUGUCCCCUUGUAGCUACAGCUGACACACGCCAUACGUAUACAUCACACACACCUGGACAAGGAGCCCUAACAACCCUGUGCCCCUCCAUCGCUGCCCCCCGAGGUUCCCCCCCGUGGGCUGUGCCCCUGCCCUCAGCCCACCCCAGAGACCAGAGCUCAGCCCCCUCCUGCCCACCAGGUGACAGAGGGGCGAGGGAGGAACCCCGCUAACCCACCACGGACCAACUUAGGAAGAGAGGGAGAUCAAACCGCCCGCGCGGUCUGAGCACCCAACAGACCACGCCGCUCACUCUUCCCAUUGCCAGAGCUGUCUCUAAUUGUUAGUUCGUCUCAGCGGCCCCACACGGAGCCGUGGGGUCCAGUGUAGCUCUGUGUGUUACCGUUACGAUGCUGCUGCGGAUGCUGUUCAUGUUUGUGUUCCUCGGCGCUUCCGUGCUGGUUUUAUACAUGCCGUCUUGUGUACGAUGGAUGUAACUGGUUUUUUGUUUGGUUGGUUUUUCUUUUUUUUUUUUUUUUCUUUUCUUUUU